AUGUCGCGUCCUGUAUUUGCUGCAAAGAAGCCUAGGGCACGGUUUUUCAAAAACCAGUAUGAGCGCUUUAGAAUGAUCAGUUCAAGAAUGUUUCGCAUUCAUCUCGUCAUUGGGUGUUUUAAUGUGCUGUGUUCUGGACAAGACAUUCCUCAAGAACCACCGACUCUUAUAACUAAUCACAGAGAAACGCUUGCCGACCUAACGAUAACUGGCCAGGAUUGUUUUUCACCUUUGGGAAUGGAAGAUGGAGGUAUCAGAGAUAUAGAUAUUCGUGCUACGUCUUCUUUGAAUGCAAGUGCUAGUGCUAUUCAUGGUAGACUGAAUCAUACAGGAGGCUAUGGGGGGUGGUGCCCUGAUCAGCAGCCGUAUUAUAAUGGUACAGAUUCUAUCCAUAAGGAGUUUAUUCAAGUCGAAUUUCCCAGGCCCUUUCGAAUUAAAGGCAUAAUAACACAGCCCCGCGCUCGAGGUGUGGAAGGGAUUCGGAGCUUCUUGGUUUCGUACAGACAAGAUCAAGAAAACAAUGAAGCGUUUGCUUGGUUGUAUGAUGGAAGAUCACACAAGCUUAGGCGGGUCUUUGAAGGAAAUAGCCUCUCGGAGUUGAAACCUCCACUUGUAGCUGACGGAAUAAGAAUUAUACCUGAAAUAUUUCCUCGCAGACAGGUGUGCCUCAGGUUUGAGCUUCUUGGCUGUCAAAUUGAAAGCGCGAUUGUCAAGUACGAGAUGCUUCAAGGUAACUCCCUGGACGGGAGAUACAACUUCACUGAUUCAAGCUAUGAUGGUUUGACUGAAGGCCGCUUUCUAUUCUCUGGAUUGGGAAUGCUUACUGAUGGACGAUUGGCCAGUGAAAAUCUUACAGUAAAUAAUCGAUUGGGUUGGAUUGGCUGGAAUAUGAAAGAGACCCCUAAACCUUACAUAAUAUUUGAUUUUUUGAACAAAAGAAUCUUCACUUCAGCUACUUUCCAUUGUAACGUCAAAGACCAGACACACAUCGAGUUGUUUUCCAGAGUUGAAAUGAGGUUUGAUAAGACAAUGUCGAAUGGUUCUCCACCUGAUCUCAUGCAAGAACUCAAGGAAAUUUCCAUUCCAUCAUCAUCACCAUCGAUAAACCGCAAUGUUACAGUUGACCUGUGCCGCCGUGUCGGGAAGUCUGUAAGGUUCAACUUUACCUACAGAGGACAAUGGAUAUUAAUCAGCGAAGUUAUCUUCAACUCAGAGCCACUGGGAGGAAGGUCUCCUCCAGCAGUUUAUUGUGUUCCAAGUACUACACACCCUCGAUACACAAGUAGCACCUCGGAAUACAGUGCAAGUGCUAUUAGUAGCACCACAUCAACUGGAACCACCGUCGCUCUAUCGGCCAAGGGACCUGACUGGGUGAUAUUAAUCUCAUCUCUGACAGUGCUCUUCGUCAUUGUAGUAAUCCUCGGUAUUGCUUGGUCAUUCCGACGGAAGAGACGCCAGAAAAAAGAUACGGAAGAACCUGCCCGAAAUGAUUAUGAAGAAAUUGAGCUGUCUCCACCUGCGAUGAUGGUGCCUAGCGACCGUGCCCAGACUCCUGUAUAUGCCCAAGUGUCAAGCGCUUGUUCCUACAGCUACACACACCCGUACACGCCAAUAAAGACAAAUAAUGGGAAAGAACACGAGUACGUCAAUCAGAUAAAGACUGCGGACUACGAAAAUACGUAUAUGCCUCUCACUAAUCUUAAGAUGUCAACAGAAGAUUCUCGUGCAUAUGCAUCGCUUUUGCCGUCUAAAGAGGAAGAGAACAACCUUUAG